AUGUCCAGCCCAUCCCUGGAAUUGUCCUCUGUCCUUGGCCGCCCUGGAGCCUGUGAGGUGGGCCUGGAACACCACGCCCUCCUGGGGUGCCUCUUUGCCAGCAUUGUGCCCUGGUGGCCUCACUAGUCAUCUCAAAGUGGCAUCAAACCUCCCAUCUGGUGGACAGAAUCCCCAGGCCGGCCCUCCAGAGACCAGAAGGCCCCUGGCUCUGCAAUGCCACCUGCAGCUGCCCAGCCCUCCACCCAUGGGGCCCUUGUUCCACCUGCCACCGCUCAUGAACUGGAUCACUCAGCUCUUCACUGGCUCGCCUGUGGCUACUGCCUCAGUUUACCUGUGCAGUUGUCCCUGGCUAUCUGGCUGGGUAGGACUUGCGCUUAGAAGCAGUCUGCUCCCUGUGUCCUAAGGCCAGGGAAACUGUGUCCUAAGGCCAGGAGGUGGCAGCCUCUGCCCUCCUGA